GUUCUGUGCCAGGUAGUUGCUGCUUAGUGAUGGCUUCCAUUUUUACCUCCGUUCCUCAGGCUCCCCCUGUGGCUGUCUUCAAGCUUACUGCAGAUUUCCGCGCUGACCCUGACACUAGGAAGGUCAACCUUGGAGUGGGAGCAUAUCGUACUGAUGACUCUCAGCCAUGGGUCCUGCCAGUGGUGAAAAAGGUGGAGCAGAUGAUUGCAAAAGACAGCUCUUUGAACCAUGAAUAUCUGCCAAUUUUGGGGCUGCCUGAAUUCCGUUCUAGUGCUUCCAGAAUUGCUUUGGGGGAUGACAGCCCUGCAUUUAAGGAGAAUCGGGUAGGCGGUGUGCAAUCCUUGGGUGGAACUGGAGCUCUGCGCAUUGGAGCAGAAUUUCUGAGGCGCUGGUACAAUGGAAACAACAACACAGCUACUCCCAUCUAUAUUUCUUCUCCCUCAUGGGAAAACCACAAUGCUGUGUUCAGUGACGCUGGAUUUAAGGAUAUCAGGGCUUAUAGUUACUGGGAUGCUGCUAAAAGGGGCCUUGAUCUCGAGGGAUUCCUGCGGGAUUUAGAGAAUGCCCCCGAGUUCUCUAUCUUUGUGUUGCACGCAUGUGCGCACAAUCCCACUGGAACAGACCCCACCCCUGAUGAGUGGAAACAGAUAGCUGAUGUCAUGAAGCGGAGGUCUCUCUUUCCUUUCUUCGACUCAGCCUAUCAAGGAUUUGCCUCUGGCAGCCUAGACAAGGAUGCAUGGGCCGUGCGUUUCUUUGUGUCUCAGGGUUUUGAGUUGUUCUGUGCUCAGUCUUUUUCCAAGAACUUUGGCUUGUACAAUGAGAGAGUAGGAAACCUAACUGUUGUAGGGAAAGACUGUGAUAACGUUGCACGUGUCCUGUCUCAGAUGGAGAAAAUUGUCCGUACAACCUGGUCAAAUCCUCCAUCGCAAGGAGCUCGUAUUGUUGCCACCACUCUCAACACUCCUGAACUAUUUGAUGAAUGGAGAGAUAAUGUAAAGACUAUGGCAGAGAGAGUCCUGCUGAUGAGAGCAGAACUGAAAUCCCGACUGGAGGCUCUUAAAACUCCUGGGACAUGGAACCAUAUUGUCAACCAGAUAGGAAUGUUCAGCUACACAGGACUUAACCCUAAGCAAGUGGAGUAUCUUAUUAAAGAGAAGCACAUCUACUUGAUGGCCAGUGGACGUAUAAAUAUGUGUGGGCUGACAACAAAGAACCUCGACUAUGUAGCCCAGUCUAUUUAUGAAGCAGCAACCAAGAUCCAGUAAAGAAACCCCAAGCUUUCAGUAGAUGAAAUAGCAGUGUAAUUAUGUGUUGUUGUAGUGCGUGUCCCCAAGCUCACAGUCACAAAGAUAUCUGAUCACCUCAUUAUCUAUGGCUUUAACAGGAACCAAUGAAGCUGCUGGGAGAUGUGUUACAAGUGCUAGCAUGUUUGUUCCGUGGGACACCAUGCUAUAUAUUGUGAUUUUUUGGGCUUUUACACUAUUUUGCACUCAAGUUGUUUUGUUUUUUUAAAUGUUUCCUAAUGACUGCAUUGACAUCUUAAUUCUACGUAUUUGUUCUGCAUCAUCUUGUAACCCUGUAAUUUAUAGAAAAUUAGAUAUAACCUUCAAAAACCUUCAACCAUAGCAAAUUAUGUUUUCGUUGUCAUAGAAAUCCUGCAUCAAGGUGUCCUUGGCAGCAAGCUUUAAUGAAUUUUGUUAUGCUCUAGAUAUGCAUGGUAUCACAACUAAAGUCUAUUUGGUUGCAAUAGUUAACUAUGCAAAGAGCCCCUUCUGCAGGAAUGAUACGUAGAAAUAUCCAGGAACUGUAUAUAGAACAUUGGCUAGAACAUUAACUCUACAUGUCUGAGCCCAUUCUCAGAUGGUGCAAUACAGAUCUUAGAACUAAGGUCUCCAAAAUCUAGUCAUCAUUGCUAGAGUGCACAAUGGAAAACCAAAACUAUUGUCUUAAAUUGAACAUGCUAAAGCGGUUAAUUCAAUGUAAUAAACACAUUCUGUUGAGUGCA